GGCAUAUUUUUUUAAACCUCUUAAAUAUAAAUAUGGUAAAACUUGGGGCUUACAUCAAUUUUUAUAUAUGCCAAAUGCCCCAAAGUCAUUGCUGGGGAGGGAUUUGUUGGAAGCAUUGGGAGCUGAAAUUAAAUUUAAUAAGGGGAAGGUAGAAUUCAGAGUAAGGGAGGAACAGUUGAUUGAGGUUUUAAGUCUUGCAUUAAUGAGCCCUCGACAAGAGAAAAACAGAAUAAGAGAAAGCAUAAAAGAUCAAAUAUAUCCUGGAGUCUGGGACACUGAGCAGCCUGGAAGGGCUAAAAAUGCCCUACCUGUGGUAAUAGAUCUUAAGCCUGGAGCUCCACCAGUUAGAUUAAAACAAUAUCCUUUAAGGAAAGAAGAUAGGGAAGGAGUUUUGCCUAUUGUAGAAAAAUUCUUAAAGUAUGGGCUGCUAACAGAGUGUGAAUCAGCUUACAGUACUGCAAUUUUACCUGUAAGGAAAGCAGCUGGAGGGUAUCGGUUAGUGCAGGACCUAAGGGCUAUCAAUAAAAUAACAAAGGAUAUCCAUCCUGUGGUGGCAAACCCAUACACCCUCUUGACUCAAUUAAGAACAGAAUUAGAAUGGUUUACCGUCUUGGAUCUAAAAGAUGCCUUUUUCUGUUUACCCCUGGCCCCCGAGAGCCAGCCACUGUUUGCCUUUGAAUGGGAGAACCCAGAAACUAACCGAAAGUGUCAAUUAACUUGGACAGUCUUGCCUCAAGGAUUUAAGAACAGUCCUACUAUCUUUGGAAAUCAGCUUGCAAAAGAAUUAGAAAGGUGGAACAAGCCAGAAGGCAACGGAGUUCUGCUACAGUAUGUAGAUGACAUCCUGCUGGCCACCAAGACCAGGACGGAUUGUGAAAGGUGGACUGUGAGUAUGCUGAAUUUCCUGGGACUGAAUGGGUAUCGAGUUUCCCCACAGAAGGCCCAAAUAGUACAGCAGCAAGUAACCUACUUGGGAUAUGAAUUAACAGCAGGACAACGAGUGCUGGGCCCAGAAAGAAAGGAGGCCAUCUGUUCUAUCCCCCUGCCAAACACAGUAAAGGCACUCCGAACCUUUUUGGGAAUGACAGGGUGGUGCCGGUUGUGGAUUUAUAAUUAUGGCCUGCUUGUGAAACCCCUCUGUGAAUUAUUGAAAGAGACUGAUAAGGACUUGCAAUGGAAUGGGGAAGCUGAACAGGCUUUCCAUACCUUAAAGAAGGAAUUGAUGAGGGCACCAGCACUAGGCCUACCUGAUGUCACUAAACCUUUUUUAUUGUAUUCCCAUGAAAGCCAAGGGAUAGCACUCGGAGUCCUAGCACAAACCUUAGGACCCUACCGAAGGGCAGUGGCAUACCUCUCUAAACAACUGGAUGAGGUAAGCAAGGGAUGGCCAGGAUGCCUGAGGGCCGUGGCAGCAGUUGCAAUUAACAUUCAAGAGUCUCGCAAAUUCACGAUGGGGCAGAAGAUCACGGUCCUGGUAUCACACACCAUCUCUGCUGUUCUAGAAGCCAAGGGAGGACACUGGCUGUCUCCACAACGAUUUCUUAAAUACCAAGCCAUCCCAGUGGAGCAGGAUGAUGUAGAAAUUAAAGUUGCUAACUUUGUCAAUCCAGCCUCUUUCCUCCAGGGUGGUGAUGGAGAACCAGUUAUUCACGAUUGUUUGGAAACAAUUGAGGCCACUUAUUCCAGCAGACCUGACCUGAAGGAAGAACCCCUGGAAAAGGCAGACCAUAACUGGUACACUGAUGGAAGCAGUUUUGUGACUCAGGGAGAAAGAAAAGCUGGGUACGCUGUAACUACUGCAGAAGAGUCGGGGAAGAGACCAGGGCCGGCCGCGCCGCAGCCCGAGUGCACGGCCCGGGCGGCCCAACCCGCCACCGCCGCAGCCCGACGGGACGGCCCGAGCCGCCGUGGCCGCUCUGAGCGCACGGCCCGGCCCCUCCGCCGCCGCAACCCGCGCGGAACCACAACCGACCGCUUCUGGCCAGUCCAAAGCUACACCAAUGCACAUCGCAGGCACAUCGCCCCCCCACGGGGCGUUCGCAUACCGAGGCAUCACCGCAUCCGAGUUGAAAACCUGUAUGUACUAAUAGUGCUCAUACUGGUGGAACUUACACUGACCGUGACAGUGGGUCCGUUCCUGUUGCUGUAUAACAUCCUGUACUGCCUGUGGCAGACGCUCCUGUGCAAGCUGUGGCGGCCAGAACCAAAUAGGGGCAAAGAGCUCCUGGAGGCCAAAGCGAAGAACACCAGAAAGCAGCAGGAGCUGAAUGUCCGUCAUGCUGACAGUCCCACAGGCACCAAGCCUGCACGUGUGCAGGGAAAACUGCAAGGGCCAGAGGUCAGGAGGAGGGCCUUGACUGGCAAGGACAGGAGGAGAGAAGUCCUUCCAGAAAUGGAGGACGAUGUGGAAGAGCUGCGGCGUGUGGUGGUCUGGGACUACGCCUCACAGACCUUUAGCAGCAGCGAAGCCCUGUCAGAGGACUCUGGGGACUAUGACACCAGCAGCAGCGAAGCCCUGUCAGAGGACUCUGGGGACUAUGACACCAGCAGCAGCGAAGCCCUGUCAGAGGACUCUGGGGACUAUGAGACCGCCAGGAGCGAAGCCCUUACAGAAGACUCUGAGCACCCUGACGACAGCACCAACCAGGUCGCAGCAGAGACCACUGGGCACCACGAAAGCAGCACCAACCAGGUCGCAGCAGAGACCACUGGGCGUCACGAAAGCAGCACCAACCAGGCCCCAGCAGACACCUCUGGGCGUCACGAAAGCAGCACCAACCAGGCCCGGCCUCAGCAGCGAUUCAGGGCACGCAUGGCCAGCAGGAUGCGCAGGGGCCUGGCCAGGCUGGGCAGAGGUUUCCGCACGGCCUUCUGCUACCGCAUAUCCAUGGAAGAUGAGGACAAAGCCCUCUCAGAGACCUCUGGGGACUAUGACACCAUCAGCAGCGAAGCCCUGUCAGAGGACUCUGGGGACUAUGAGACCGCCAGGAGCGAAGCCCUGACAGAAGACUCUGAGCACCCUGACGACAGCACCAACCAGGUCGCAGCACAGACCACUGGGCACCACGAAAGCAGCACCAACCAGGCCCGGCCUCGGCAGCGAUUCAGGGCACGCAUGGCCAGCAGGAUGCGCAGGGGCCUGGCCAGGCUGGGCAGAGGUUUCCGCACGGCCUUCUGCUGCUGCAUAUCCAUGGAAGAUGAGGAGUAG